AUGAGCGAUACAGAGUUUGUUGAAGAUAAUCAAAUGGAAGAUAAUGAAGAUGAUUUAAAUUCUGAAGAUUUAGAAGAGGCAGAAGAAAGAGAAAGAAAUUAUGAACAAUACUUAUUAUUAAACGAUCCAUCAAAAUAUACUUAUUUAAGAAGAGUUGUACAAAGACCACAAACUAAAAAAAACGAAAUCUAUUUAUCAAAUAAUGGUAAAUUUUUAUAUUAUAUAAAGAGAGCAAAAAAACUAUUAAUUGAUGAAAAAGAAAAAGAAAUUAUUAUACAUGGAUUAGGUGCAGCAAUUCCAUUAGCAGUUAAUUUAUCACUUCAAUUACAAAAAGAUAUUCAGGAUCUAGUUUUAUCACCAACAACAUCAUCAGAAGAAAUUAUAGAUCAAUAUGACCCAUUAACAGAUGAUUUAGAACCAGUUUUAAAAAUCAGACAUGCUUCAGCAAUUCAUAUUAAAAUUAUAAAUAAAACUGAAGAUCCUAUCCCGUCCGAAUCAUUCAAUAAAACCAUUACAUUUAAAUCUAAUAAAAGCAAAUCAAAAAUUAAUAAUAGAAUCGAUAAAAAGAGUACCACAACAACAACAACAAAAACAACAACAACAACUACCGAUAAUAAUAAAUAG